CCCUUUCCCAGAAAGGGCACCGGUACGUACAUUAAACUGUUCCUUUUCAGCCUGAUCCUGAAAAACGCCUUCCGGUCUGUUGUUCAAGCCGUUCGAUCUGAUUAGGCGCCUACUCCAUCUCCCGCGCCUGUUCGUUUCACCUAGAUCAUCGGAUGCCGAGGGAGUGAGACGAUGAGCUUCGUACGGCAGGAUUUGCACAAGUCGUCGCGUCUGUCCCAGCCAUUUCACGUCACCCCGACUCUCAUUGGAAUUGAGAUUGAGAGCGGCAUGGGCAGAUCAUGAGAAACUUCACCACGAACGAGAGCCCAAGUGGCGUCGGUGCCCUCUGCUGAAGCAGCGGUGCUACUUUGUAACGACAAGCUUUCGAAUAUCCCGCUGAGAAACCUUCAUGACCCUCUCCCGGGUUUUCCCCAUCUCUUCCCAUCUCAUCCUUUAUCUCCGUCCAUGAUUUCGUGUCAUUCCCAUUCCCGUGGAGGUAUUAUCCCGCAUGGUGCCUUCCCCAACCCCAGCCUACCUUACCUAGAUAUACACAUUGCGCUUGCCAGUAUUUGCUUGGCCUUGACCGGCAUAGCAAAAGCGGAAAAUGAUGGGCAGCCCUUCAGACAUGGAGGGGUAGCUUCCUUCGUUUCUGAUGACAGCUCUACCUGAUGGGUCAGCUUACCCCUUCUUUCCUUCAUAACUUGGUCUGCGUAACGAGCGUGCCUCGAGCCUGUCAGCUUGCGUGGCUGCAUCAAAGGUCAGACAGAUGCGGCCAACUGGACCACAGAGUUUGAGCCAACGUUUCGUUAUUUCAACUGGGAAAGAGCGGAUCAAACUGAAGUGGAAGCAGCGGAAGUUACGUCGAGGGAGUAAAUCCUUGACAUUGGAUCUUGUUCCUUGGAUGAAACCCUAAACCCCGUCUUCCUGGAUAAUCAGCUCCCAAAGCUUCCGACCUAUUUAGCUCUUGUCCUACAUCACCAGUACCCAACACCCAGAGUGACAUCGCCGACGUCACCUAUUGAGACCCUAAGCCACUUCAAGUGCUAUACCCAUCAUUCGCUGCUUUUCCAUCUACUACAGGGGCAAACAACAUCAGACGCCCCAAUUUUCCCCGAGUUUGUUGGUUCCCGAACGGCAAGUUUCGGUGCCUUGCGGAUUUCUAGUCAAUAGAACUUGCUGCCUGUGGCUUCUGAUGCAGCUAUGGCGCCUCCGCCUGCCGGAACGUCGUCGCCAAGAAGCCUAGUCCACCAUGAGCACCCCCCUCCUCUCAGCAAACUUCGCUCCUAUCACCACCACGCCCACUGCCACAGUCGGACCACUUCCAGCACAGAGGGCAAGAAGUUUACCACGAUAGUUCCCAAUCUUACAACUAACUAUGGCGUCAGGGACUCUCGAUAACCUUCCUAAGGAUCUCCGCAAUGAGAUCGAGCACCUCGAGCGCCUCUUUACCGUCGAUGGCGCCAAGCUCAAGGAAGUUACCAACCACUUCGUCCAUGAGCUCGAGAAAGGCCUUAGCGUCCAGGGAGGGAGCAUUCCCAUGAACCCUACCUGGGUUAUGUCCUUCCCCGACGGCAACGAAACCGGUACUUAUCUGGCUUUGGACAUGGGUGGUACAAACCUACGUGUCUGCCAAGUCACUUUGACCGAAACAAAGUCCGAAUUCGACAUCAUCCAGUCCAAGUACCGCAUGCCCGAGGAGCUCAAGACGGGCGACGCCGAGGAGCUGUGGGAGUACAUUGCCGACUGCCUCAUGCAAUUCAUUGAAACGCACCACGGAGACCCAACCAAGCUCGAUGCGCUUCCACUCGGUUUUACUUUCUCCUAUCCGGCGACACAGAACUAUAUCGACGAGGGCAUUCUGCAACGCUGGACGAAGGGCUUCGAUAUCGCUGGCGUAGAGGGCCAUAAUGUUGUCCCCAUGUUUGAGGCUGCCCUCCAGCGCCGGGGAGUGCCUAUCAAGCUGACGGCGUUGAUCAACGACACUACAGGCACCCUGAUUGCCUCGGCAUACACUGAUCCUAAGAUGAGAAUUGGAUGCAUUUUUGGCACAGGUUGCAAUGCUGCGUACAUGGAGAACUGUGGCUCGAUUCCCAAGCUCGCUCAUAUGAAUCUCCCACCGGAUAUGCCAAUGGCCAUCAACUGCGAAUGGGGAGCUUUUGACAACGAGCAUAAGGUCUUGCCUCGUACUCCUUACGAUGUCAUUAUUGACAAGGAUUCGCCGCGUCCCGGUCAGCAGUCCUUCGAGAAGAUGGUCGCAGGGUUGUAUCUGGGUGAAAUCUUCCGCCUGGUUUUGGUUGACCUCCAUGACAACCAGGAGAUCAAGAUCUUCCCUGGCCAGGAUAUCGCCAAGCUUCGGAAAGCUUAUAGUCUUGACUCGUCCUUCCUUUCCCUCAUUGAAGAGGAUCCGUUCGAGAACCUUUCCGAAACCUUUGAGCUGUUUCAGACCAAGCUGGGGCUUACACCCACCGGCCCCGAAUUGGAGCUGAUUCGUCGCACCGCCGAGCUAAUCGGUACCCGCGCCGCUCGCCUCUCCGCCUGCGGCGUUGCUGCCAUCAGCAAGAAGAAAGGAUAUAAGCAGUGCCACGUUGGUGCUGAUGGAUCCGUUUUCAACAAGUAUCCCAACUUCAAGGCUCGUGGCGCGCAAGCACUCCGUGAGAUCCUGGACUGGCCUGAGAAGGCGGACCCCAAGGAAGAUGAUCCGAUUGAGAUUCUCGCCGCCGAGGACGGAAGCGGUGUUGGUGCUGCUUUGAUCGCUGCCCUGACGAUGCAACGGAUCAAGCAAGGAAAUAUGCACGGUAUCCUGCACCCAGAGAACUUCAGAACUACCGAGCCUCUUCCUGCGUGAACCGGAGAUGAUGAGGGAAAAACUGAAUAAUUUGCUCCUUCCUCUUGGAAAGCUCUUCGGAUAGCCAGGCUCGGGUGUCGUUUACCAGUGCUCGGCUCUCUUUGAUCGUUCGGACGUCUACGUUCGCCACAGAGAUAGAGAAUCCUAUACUAUUAAUACAGUUGACUGUCCAA